UCCAGCAUUCAAGUAUAAAUAGUCUGCCAACAUACCUUACUUCUAGGGCCAUAGUAGUGAGGUCAUGUCCUCUUGUUUCUAAUUGGAAGAUUCAAUAACCUAAAGAUGAGUUAACAUGCUCCAAUUACAUGUAAAUCGGUUUUAAUGUUGUAUUAGACACUAAAAUGCAGUUACUGUCAUCCACAACUCUUUUCUUUGUUUUCUUACCUUCGGGAGUUUUGGUGAAUCUGAGCAGGAACUCCUUGCAGUUUUCGUGCAUCUUUUUCAUACUGGUGCCUCAUACCAUAUCGUUUGGACGCUGCGAUGAUAUUUCCUUCUCCAUAUGCUGGAUGAGCAGGGACGGUGCUUGGGAAAGGCAAAAUGGAAACAUAUGGCUCAAUGGCACAGCACUCAGAUUCAUCAGAACGGCAGGUAAAUUGACAUCCCUGACUGUGUCCCCAGCUGUGGAAAACAAGCUAACACUUCAGCAUGGAGGCUCUGUUCUGGCAUGGACUUUAACAAUUACUCCACGUACAAAGUUCACUAAAAUCAGAGGCCUGCAGAAACCCCUAAAACAUCCAACAAAUUCCACUCAGGCCAUCCUGGAGUUGUUGAGUCCCACUGAGGUGUUUGCAUGUGAAAAUGGUACACUGUUCUUCCACCAGGAUGAAAACUUCUUCCUUGCUUUUGGCUACUCUACGCGCCUCCCUGUCAAGCUGGAGUCCAGGACUCCCUCCAUGUUGCUGGUCUCCUGGGUGGAGAGCCGCCCAGCUGCCAGCGACAGCCACUCCGUGACACUCUACCACACUGAACUGGGCUCCUAUAACACACUCAGCAUGGACACCACCACCCGCAGCCACUACCGCUUCACAGCUCUGGACUCCUGCAGCCCCUAUGUGGCGUGUGUGGAGAUCACAGGCACUCACUCCUUCACCUGCCUCUCUACUAUAACUGACCCAGAUGUUCCCAAGGACUUUGAGGUAAGUUCCUGGAACAGCAGCAGCAUAUCGUUGGCCUGGGACUGCCCCAAGAACCGCAAAGUCUCCCUCUUCCUCCUCACCGCCUUCUACCUCAACGGUACAGACCACAUCAUAGAGGAGGUGCCCUUGUGGCACAAGAAGGACAGCUUGGAGUUCAUAUUGUCUGACCUACAGCCCUGCAGCAGGGUUAAGUUUGGCCUGCAGACUGUUUGCCAGGCAGGGAUGGAGUCGCGCUACAGCAAGAUGGUUCUGAACGAUGGAAACUCAGUUCACUCCAGCAUCGAGGCCUUGCGUCAGACAUCAUUUGGCCCCGACAACUACACCCUGAGCUGGGAGGUGAAGAACACCUCGUCAAUUUCCAUGUUCAGAAUCCACCACGAGGGGGUGCUGCAGGGCACCACGCUUAUCAACAACUACACAGUAGAGGGGCUGCAGCCAUGCCACCAGUACCAGGCCAAGGUGGAGGCGCUGUGUGGAGACAGUGUGCUGAUGAGUGCCAGGACAGUCAAAGCGCAUACAGGACCUCGUGGUGUGUCUGAGCUCAGGUACCGCUCCAAUAAUUCCACUGCCUUGUGGACUACCGGCACCACACACCAGUCAGCUAUGGCCUUUUUUUAUGAACUCUCCCUGGAGAACGGCCCCCCUCUUCAGAGCAGCCGUCUGACUGAGACGGAGCUACAUCUCCCGGGGCUGGAAGAAGGGAAAACCUACGUCCUUGAUGUGUGGGAAGAAUGUGACGGACAGUGGGAGUCGGAACCAUCUCGUUUAUGUUUUCAGGGGGCUAAUUCAACUUCAAAGCUCCUUGUGAGGGCUGCUGGACCUGGUCAAGACCUAGAACUGCAGUUAGAUAUUUCCAACAUGGUUCUCACAAUGGUCGUGCCCUGGUCACUGCCUAAAGAUCUACAAGACGACGUAUCCGAACCAAGAGCUAAAAUGGGGAACAUUGUCAAAAAUAAGCUGCAGGAGCUGUUAAAUGGUUUUGAUCAGCCAGCCCGCGUUGAGGUGGCCACCUUAGAACCUGCAGACGAUCCAGACAAAACAGAGGUUCUGUUUAUGUCUUUUGAUGCAUCCAAAACAGAGGAGGACAUGCCCCUGCCCAUUGAAGAUCAGCUGGAUUACAUUCGCUCCCUGAAUACAACCAACAUCAUAGUUACAGAUGGGGUCAUUUACUGGGAUGGUCCAGAUCUGUGUGCCUCCUCUACCCAAACCUUGUGUCCCCGUAAUUCUCUGUGCGUCAACACUCUGGGUUCCUACACCUGUGUGUGUCAACAUGGCUACUAUGAUGUGAGCUCUGUGAUUGAGCCUCCUGUGUCUUCACAUCCAGUUUGCAAUGAGAAAGGCCUUUUCAGCCAGUGUCUGGAUAAACUGAUGACUGGUGGGAUAGCAAAGCCCUACCUGACUUCUUACAUCGGGGGAAAGGUUGAUGUGAAGCUGAACGAUGGGCGAUGCACUGCAAAUGAGAGCGAGAUUUUGUACUACUUCCGCACUUCAAGAAAAACCUCUGAAUGUGGAACAGAGAGGCGGGUGAACAAAACGCACAUCGAGUUUCAGAACACUCUGACUGUAACUUUGACCAAAGAGCAAACCAUCAGCCGGCGGGAUCUAAAGGUUGUCUGGAAGUGCGUCUACCCACGGCAUUAUGUUCGCAAUGCUCAAGUCAGCAUGGAUACGGAGUGGCUCUCCUCUCUAUCCCUGGUGGAGUUCAACUCAUCACUGCAGCUGCUCCUGACCAUGACCCUGUACAGUGACGAGUCCUACACCCACAGCUACAGGGAUGCCAUAGCCUUGGGGCUUGAAGACACCCUGUUCUUCCAGGUGGCCCUGCAGACCAACAACUCUUUUGCUUCAGACAUCCUCCUGCAGGUGGAGUCAUGCUGGGCCACUGAGAGCACCGACCCACAGGAUACGGUCCAGGGCCUGUUUCUUCAGGAUGGCUGUCCUGUUGACAACACCUUCCAGUGGCUCUCUGUUAACGGCCUGGCACAGAAGAGCAGGUUUUCCAUUCAGAUGUUCACCAUGCCCAAAGGGCUGCCCCUCUACUUUCACUGUCUGGCUAACAUAUGUGGACAUGAAGAGGACUGUACAAAGGUUUGCAGCAGUCAGCAGCGCACCAAGAGAGCAGUCAGCCAGAUGCACACAAAGAGGGAACGAGCUGCUGUGGUGUCGGCUGGACCUCUGGUGGUCAACAGGGUGAAGUCAGGAGUCCAGCCGGCUUACUGGUCAGAGCACAUGACGAUGAUCUCCAUUGUGGCCGGAUCAAUUGGCAUUUUGGGAGUAACGGUACUCUCAGUGAGUGCAUCCAAAGCAAUCAUGACUUACUACGAGCGGCUACGGCUGCAAUAAAGUGUUUGGAACACCA